CACAUCGAUUGGCUGGCCCAACUGGGGCUGGGGAUCGAACCUGCAACCGGGUAUGUGCCCUGGACCAGGAAUCAAACCUGCGACCCUUCCGUGCGUGGUUCCACAUUCUAACCACCUAGCAACACUGGCCAGGGCCUAAGGGGAUUUUAACAAGGCAAUAAUUUUAAAUGUCCCCAUGAAGUUGUGUUCCAUAGUAUUUCAAUAGCUACAAAAAUACCUCAAGGAAAAUUAUAUAUCCUCAUUUUCCCUUUGAAAGUAGGGACAAAAUAUGCACAUCAAAAGCCAGAUACAUCUCCCAUUUUCUGCAAGAGGUAGAGAAAUUGUAGAACACGUUGUAUUCUUUUCAGUACAUGUGUUCUGUGAUGAUGGCGACUCACUUCGAAGUCUACGAGAACGCUGUGUCCGAGCUGGCUGAAGCGAUGGAAGCAGAGAGGUUGGAUGCCGUCAGCAUUGCUGUGCAGUGGGUCAACGAAAACAUCACCCAGGAGCUUCAGGGCCUGGAGCCCUCCAACCAGGCUGAGGUGGACCAGGUGCUCAGGACAUUCUUUGAAAAUAAAGUGCAAGAAGAUAAGGAGGGAGAAGAAUUGGAAAAGAGCCUGGAAAAUUCAUCUGUACACAUAUCUUCCUCUCUGAUGCCACCACCACCAACAACUCCUCCUCCUCCACCUCCGGCCAAAAAAAAAGGACAGAAGCAAGGUCGGAAGAGUACUAUCACAGAGAAACCUCUCCCACCUCCAGAGCCUGUUGAACCUGUGCUCUGUGGCAGCAUGGCCAUAGGGGCUGUGUCACUAGCUGUCGCCAAAACCAUUGCCGUGCUGCACAGUAACCCUCUGUACUUCCAUAUCGCAUCCCUGAAGCACCCUCAGGAACAGCCAGCAAAGCUAACUAUUCCUUUGCUAAUGGUAUCUCUGGUCAGCUGUGGGAAGUCAUCGCCUGGGAAGCUGAAUUUAAUGAAAGAAGUGAUCUGUAUACCCCAUCCUGGAUUAAUGGCUAAACAAGGUGUGGAGAUGCUUAUGGAAAUUCAGAAGCAAAUAAGCAAGACAAUUGAAACGUCCCCUCCUCCAAAAGCAGAGAUGAAGAAAGGGCAAAAUGGAGGCAAAAGAGGUCAGCAGCCGGUCACUGGCAAGAUGUCCCAUCUGGGCUGCCUGACCAUCAAUUACGACACCAUAGAGCAGCCCCUGCUCACCAUACAAGGAAUCUGUGCGAACCUGGGGCUAGAACUGGGGACGAAUCUGUAUCUGGCCAUCAACUGUGCUGCGCAUGAGCUGGUGGACUAUAGUAAGGGGAAGUAUGAAGUGAUGACGGGAACAUACAAAAACACCACUGAGAUGGUUGACCUGUAUGUGGAUCUGAUCAGCAAGUUCCCUUCAAUUAUCGCCUUAAUUGAUCCUUUCAGGAAAGAGGACUCUGAACAGUGGGACAGCCUCUAUAAUGCUCUUGGUUCCAGGUGUUACAUAAUUGCGGGAAGUGCCUCCAAAAGCAUUUCCACACUUCUAGAGGAAGGCAACAUCAGCACCCCCAAAUCCAGUGGGCGGAUCAUAAAGCACACCAAUCAAACGACGAUGUCUGACUUGGUGGAAAUAAGCAACCUCAUCGACAGUAAGAAGCACGUGGCUGUCUUUGGAAGCGCGGAAGGGGAGUCUGCAGAUGACAGCCUCGUGGACCUGGCCGUUGGACUGGGUGUCCAGUUUAUCAAGUUGGGAGGUCUUUCUCGCGGCGAACGGGUGACCAAGUACAACCGCAUUUUCACUAUAGAGGAAGAACUUGUCCAGAACGGAACACUGGGUUUCAAAGGAGAACUCACCUUUGUCCAGCUGAACGAGGGAGACGACAAGAAGUCGUAG